AUGAUAAACAAUGAAAUCCUUGUGAAAGGAUUUGAAACCUGUGGAAUUCAUCCAUUUGAUCCACAGAAAAUUUUACGAAAAUUACCAGACUCUGAUGAAAACACUGCUGCUGCAUCACAGACUGUAAGUCAAGCUCUGCUAUCUCACCUGCAAGAAACCCGACAUCCAGAAAAGGAGUGUGCUAAAAAAAGGAAGAAAAGGGUUAAUAUUGAAGCUGGUAAAUCUGUAUCAGCUCUAGAUCUUUUGACAGUUGAUUCAGAACCAGGAACAAGCAAAUCCAAAAAAAAAAAUGAUGUCCUUGAGGAAGAAAUGCCCUCUGAUGACAACUCUGAAUCAGAAUCACAUGACAUUGAGUGUGAAAGUAACUUGAAUUCAGAAUCUGCAACGCAUAAAAAGAGCCCAGUAGAAUUAAAAGCAGCAGACUGGGUUAUUGUGGAAUAUGCUGGGAAAAAACAGUCAAAGAAAUUUGUUGGUCAAAUUAUUCAAAAAAAAGAUAAUUUUGAUUAUCUGGUUAAGUUCAUGAAACAAAAAGACAAACAUUGUUUUUUCUGGCCUGACACAGAGGACAUUUCUAAUGUUGACUAUGAUAUGAUAGUAGGGGUGGUUAAAGAACCAGAGAUUGGGCGUAGAGGAUUUUUGUAUUUUGAGGAAGACAUUUAA